UUCAAUUACUUUCUCCCUGUGUGUUCCUCCUCCACAUCCUUUUGUGCUGGGUCAGGGGAGAGAUACCAAUCGCAACUUUCGAUUUGGGACACCACGACACCACCGUCGUAUCUAUAUCUUGAAUUGGAUCGCCUACCAUUCUCUCUGGUUCUAAAGUUCGUAGUACUGUCGCAAAAUUUUCACCAUUUCUUCUUCUUUCUUUGCUACCUUUGUCUGCUAUUGUGCUUAUUUUAUUAUUCUCUUUAAAUUUGUGUGUGCCUUGUUUCUAGAAAUGCAGCAUCAUUUCAAGUAUCGGCAAAGCUUGGUUGAAUUGAUGCUGUCAAUUGACAAAAUGUGUGGGAUUGCGUUUCUUUGUGGUGUUUGAUGAUUUUAUGGACGGUUAGUUUUGGACUUGAAUUGUGUGUUAUUAAAUGAUUUGAGAAGCAUUGAUUGCGUUUAUGUUAUGUUGUUGUUGUGUUUAUAGUUCUUCAGGUUGUAAGGCGAUGUGUAUGUGCACAAAUGAAAAUUCAGUGUCUGAUAGCGUUUUCUGCUUUUGCUAUUUCCUCCAUUGUUCUCGUUAGUGUAUUCUGCAUUCAAACGCAGAAUCACAAACAGCUAUUUACAGUGGUGUAUUGAGUGUUAUACCUUUAGGAGGUAGAUUCUGCUGCUCCGACUACUGUAAUCGUAUUUUCUGUUUGUGGAGUCGCAUUACGGUGACAAUUGGACUACCUAGUAUUAUGUAAGCGUUUUCGUACUAAUCUUAUGGAGAUGCUCUAUUGUGGAGAAUCUCUAUAACUCUUCUUUGCCAGUCGAAUAAUAUAGAGGAUCUGUGACUGCAAAUGUUUUGAGGUAGAAGGGUGAUGCUGGUGAUGUCGGUAGCGUGCAUUUUGAGUUGAAAUAUUUUGCAGGGUAUUGUAAUUUCAGAGGAUGCCCUUUAUCAAACAUUAUCCCUUUAUUUAAGAAGGGUAGAGUUUCCCAAAAAGCACAUCUUUGUUACCGUAUCCUUACCUUUUGUCUGCAAUUCCUUUUUUUUUAGUUUGUCUUUAAUACCUUUUAUUAGCGGCGAAAAAAGAUAUAUGAUAGUAAUUUGGUCUGGUUGAAGCAUUUAUGGACUUUCCUUUUGCAUAAUUCAUUACGAUUAUGCAUCUGCUUCUUUGCCUAUAUGAACAGUGAAAGGGUUGGCUUGAUGCUUCGGCUGUUCAAAAAACACUUUCUGUUUCAGUUCUUGGAGGAGUCGUGCAGAACCGCCAAGUAAGGAAGGCUCGGUCCUCCAUGGAGAAUAAAAUUAAGACAUAUUACUCCAUCUUCAUAUUUGGAAGGCAUUUUUGGUCGAGUGAUUUAUUGCUCUAAACAUAGUUGGGUUGUCUAUUGCUUGGCUCCAGUAUACUGGGACUUGAUUCAAGAAGUUCUUCGACUUGAUUCCAGAAGUUCUUCAAGAAAUCAAGUGAUCAUUGUGUUGGUUGCAAUCUAUUGGUUUAUGUAGAAUUAUUGUGUAUGCUCUUGUUUUGGUGUGUUCCCUCUUGGAGUAUUACUGAUUGAAGCUGGCCAACCUGAAUUCAAUUUUGUUGUUGCUGCUUUCAAUUGAUCUUCAGCAGUGUAGAAGAGAGCAACAGUGCAUUCAGUGUUUACCUGGUUUGAUGGGGGCGACAACAUAUGACUUGUAGAAGUUUUGGGCUUAUUUCUAAAUACUUUCUUGCAUGCAGAUCAUCAAGCUUACUUCUGCUUCUUGAUAGCUUUUAAUCUUAUCUGAAGAUAGCUAGCAUCAUGGGAGUGGUGGCAGUAUUGCACACUGAGUCUCUGCAGCUUGACUGCAAGGACACGAAGCAUGUGACUGAGAAAGACGUGUAUAAUCAUCUACCAUCAAACGAAGAGCGCAUACUUGGAGAAGAAUCAAGUCAAUCAACAGAUCACCAAAAGAUCAAUAAUUUGCGUGAGAGAGGAUAUAUGGAAUAUGGAUGUCAACAUUACCGGAGAAGAUGCCGUAUUAGGGCCCCCUGUUGCAAUGAGAUUUUUAGCUGCCGCCAUUGUCACAAUGAAGCAAAAAAUAAUAUCGACAUUGAUCAGAAGCACAGACACGAUAUUCCCCGGCAUCAAGUUAAACAGGUCAUAUGUUCACUUUGUGAGACCGAACAAGAGGUUCAGCAAAACUGUAUUAACUGUGGUGUUUGUAUGGGCAAGUACUUCUGUGGGACGUGUAAGCUCUUUGAUGAUGAUGUAUCUAAGAAGCAAUAUCAUUGCAGUGGCUGUGGAAUUUGCAGAACUGGAGGAUGUGAAAAUGUCUUCCACUGCUACAGAUGUGGUUGUUGCUAUCCAACUCAGAUGAAAAACAGUCACCCUUGUGUGGAAGGAGCAAUGCAUCACGAUUGCCCCAUUUGUUUCGAGUAUUUGUUUGAAUCUGUGAAUGAUGUCCUUGUUUUGCCCUGCGGACAUACAAUACAUAAGAGCUGCCUGAACGAAAUGAGGGAACAUUUCCAGUAUGCAUGCCCUCUCUGCUCGAAGUCAGUUUGUGACAUGUCAAUGAUUUGGGAGAAGUUUGACAUGGAGAUUGCUGCUACACCAAUGCCUGAAGCAUAUCGGAACAAAAUGAUUUGGAUCCUUUGCAAUGAUUGUACUAAAACUUCUCACGUCCAAUACCAUCUUGUUGCCCAUAAGUGCUUAAACUGCAAAUCCUACAACACACGACAAAUAAGAGGCUGAGGAAAUGUCCUUACAUGUGGGACUUUUUAUUUCAACUACGGGCAACCCAAACCACAUGUAAGAAAAAAAAUGGUUUAUCAUGUGGCUCAGCAGUUAUCAUGUUCAGGUUGGGGGCAAACUAGUUUUUAGUUUUAGUGUUCCAGUCUUCUUCACUGUGUAACUUGUUUGUUUGGGAUGAUGCCAACUGUCAAAUUAGCUGUUACUUUAUAUAUAUGUUCCUAUAGGUACUUAUGAACAUGGUACCAAUCUUAAGAGUUGAGCUAUGUUCAAUUUUAUCCUAAUUUUCUCAACAUCUGUGGUAGUUUAUUUGAGUUCUUUGUAGUAAAGAAAUGUGUUUUGUGUUCCUUGUAUUUGUAUUUCAAUGAUAUUGUUUUUUUAAAGAA